UUGUAUCCUGACCAUAGUGCUCUGAAAUUCCACCAUAUCCUUUCAAGAAAAAAGUGGUCCGAAAAACCGACCCCUCAUGAGAUAAUCUAAUCUAUCUUGGGUCCCUUUGUCUCUUUGUUACACCAACUCCUAAACCCUUCAAAAAACCAUCAUUCUCAUGCAAAUUCAUCUGCUUUUCAUCUCCAAUCACAUCUCUCAACUUCCUUUUGUUCAAUCAGAAGAUACAAAGCAUGAUUAAUUAACAAAAAUUUCUAGAUUUUCACACAGUAUACUCCUUAUAAGGAAUACAACACCGCAUACUUUUUUAGCCACACAACAAUGGAAUCUUUCAAAGCUAAAACAUUAACUCCUAUUCUUCUUGUUCUUGUUCUUCUUCCAUGUGUUAUCUGUUCAUCAUCUCAACAACACAUCAAAGAAGACAUGCUCAAUAAUCAUCACCAAGUUGUUGAGCCAAUCAGUCAUCGAUUAUCAUUACAGAUAGUUAUUCAUGGGUUUCUCCUGUGGGCUUCCAUGGGUUUCUUGAUUCCUGUUGGAAUCUUAGCCAUCAGAUUGUCAAACAGAGAGGAAAAUGAAAGAAGGCUCAGAAUCAUGUUCUGUAUACAUGCUGUCACUCAGAUACUAUCAGUGAUUCUUGUGACAGCUGGAGCUAUACUAUCAGUAAAAAAUUUCAGCAACACAUUCGACAACAUGCAUAGGAGAAUUGGUGUAGCUCUUUAUGGCCUUGUAUUAUUGCAAGCUCUCACAGGCCUUCUUCGUCCUGCAAGAGGGGGUAAGGGAAGAAGUUUAUGGUUUUUUUCACAUUGGGCACUUGGAACGACUAUUUCCCUACUUGGAAUCAUGAGCGUAUACACAGGGCUACAUGCGUACCAAAAGAAAACAUCAAGAAAUAUAAAACCUUGGGUUAUGUUUUACACAGCUGAAAUUGUGUGCAUUGGAUUCUUGUAUUUGCUUCAAGAGAAAUGGGAGUAUAUACAGAAGCAAGAAGUGAUUCCCGGGAAUGAAUCAACGAUAGUAGAACUGAGUGAUAAUCGGGAGACUUUGAGUAGUAGUCAAAAUAAGGAUUCAUGUUAAGUUAGAAGUUAGAAGAUGAAUAUUAAUUGAAAUUGUUCAUAUUCGGUCUGUUUUGAUGAAUUCAAGUGAUUGUUUAUGUAACCGGAAUAUUAAACUGCUAUAUUUUUGUGACACAUUUAGUGGGAAUCGAGUGUAGUUUAAUAGGAAGAGAUUAUGGAAUGUUGUCAGACCACAACUGCUAUUGUGCCAAACAGAAGGAAUUUGAGUCAAUUUUUUUUUUUU